GUGGGAGACCCCACUAGCCGGGGGUACGUACCUGGAUUCCGGACGUUGAACGCACGGGCCAGCCGAUACUGCGGCUCUGUUAACCGUCGAUCCGGAGACGCUUCUUCACGGCGCAAGUGGGGCCAACACGCGGCUCGGUUGUUGACUUGGACGCGGUCUCGACAACCACCAUCCCGGCCUCCACAUCCCGUCCCGGUCGGCCAAGCCCGGAGGGGCCACCAAUCCAUGAACCCCAACGAACCCCAUCGCAAAAUGGCGCCCAUCUCCAUCCCCACCACCGCGCGUCUGCCCUCCUCCUUACGCGUCGACCCCUCCAACCCAGCCGUCUUCAAGAUCCUCAAUCGGCUCUCGCGCGCUUCGCUCCUCACCCUCGCACUCGACUGGCUCGACGAGCGCAACCUCGCCCUAGCAGCUCCCUACCUCCGCCAACGCUCCUCCGACGAAUACGAAGACGACGAAGACGAUGACGAAGACGAAUAUGCCGACGACUUCAACCCACCCGCGCGCUCCCUCGACGCGCUCCAGGAGCUCUACACAAGUCUACAAUCGCGCAAGGGAUCCAAGCGGGAGGUGAUUGACAGGAUUAUCGAGGGGGACUGGCGCCAUGGUCUGACGCUUUAUCAGCUGGCUAUGGCGGAUAUCCAGUAUCUUUAUGAUCACCCGACGUCGCAGAAGUGGGCGGCUUAUCGGAUUAUGCCUUUAAAGCCACUGUCUACAAACGAAGAAGAGGAGGACCAACAACCGGAAAUCGACAAAGAGUCUCUCGUCAUCCCGCGUUUCCACCCUUCUACGUUCUUGAAGAACCUCCAAGCUCAGAUACCGCCGGACGUCAAGGCGCAUUACAACUUCGACCGCCACCGCACCCUUCUUCUUUCCAUACUACGCAUCUUCAUUCUCGACUCUCCCUACAACACCAGCUUCGGUCUCCAGUCUGGCUCCUCCAAAGGCACUGCCCGUAAAUCAACAACAACCUUCGACACCUCCCGCACCGUCUACAUCGCCUUCCCCGACGCUUCUCCCUACAUCUACAUCUCCAAACCCCAACUCCUUUCUGGCUCCGCCCCUGCCACUGGCUCUUCCUUAGGAGCCAAGACUCCGGGAAUCAACACCACAGCCGGCGAAGCCAAAUCCCUCCAGCACUUGCUGCUGGUCGGCAUCCCCGCCGCUUUAUCCCGUCCCCGCCAGCGCUUUUGCUUGAAACCAACUAGCCUAGCCACUCGCAACCUCAACGAGCUUCUGGACCGCCGCGGUGGCGCAAACACGAGACAGGGAGCAGCAGGUGGGGGAUGGAGUAUUUACGCUGAUGAAAUGCGCGAUAAGGGAAAGGGGAAAAGAGGGAAUAGGGAGACGCCGUUGGAUACUGUUUUGCCUUCGCCUCCGCUUUCUGAAGAGGAGGGUGAUAAGGAGGAGGAACAUGGAGCUGGAAGGGGGGAAAUGGGCCUUGGGGAAAAGAGGUUGGAGCCGCCGCUCUCACCUGGCGCAAAGAGGGAAGAGAGGGAGAGAAAAAGGAGGAAACUAGUGGCUAAAGCAAGGUUUGCUGAUACCGGACUGGUGGGAGACGGUAAAGGCGUGGAGAGGGUAGACAUCAUUCUCGAAGACGAGUUUCCCUCUUCUUCCACCCAGCCUUCCUCUUCCUCUUCCUCUUCUUCUUCCUCUUCUUCGUCCCGAGACAGAGACAAAGACAGAGAAAGAGACAGAGAAACCCCCGGUGAUAGGGGGUCUGGGUCUAGUAGCUCCACCGGUGCAGCAACUACAGCAGAGAAGCAGGAAGAAUGGCGACCAAAUGUCAAACUAACCUUCCACGGCUCGCACGUCUUUGCGGGCAUCAGGCAGCUGGUUGAAGCGGGGAUUAUUGAUGGAGAGAGAAUGCCGGGGUGGUUGACCGGGGAGGAGGGGGUUACUGUUGGGAAGGUUAGGGAGGGGAGGAUAAGGGGGAAUAAGGGGAGUGGACUUUGA